AUGCAGGAUACACCCGUAUCCUCCCCGCCACUGCGCGCGGGGCUGGCGACUGCGCCUGAGGUUAAUACACAACCUAUGCAUAUGGCCCGCGCCGGGUCGCUCGAUGGCGCAGCGAGCGACGCACAUCGGCGCCCGAGCGACCCUCUCGUCACGGCGGCUUCUCAGACGAGCUCGGUCCCGUGGCAUGCGUUUGCGCCUGUCGGCUCCAAUCUUUCUACACAGCCCUCGCAUGCCAUGCUAUUCCUCCCAUCCGACGGCGGCGUCGAGUCGGUGACCCUGCCGCCUCGGCCGCUUUCGGCCGCGGAUAUGCGCGCCCCGUCGUUCGCCCGGCCAGAGUCGCAUACUCUGUCCACGAACAACACAUCCCCCCGCAGUACGUGCCCUGCUCCCCUCUCACGCGCGAACUCGCCGUACCUGCGCCGCACGCGCCGCGAGGAGGCAGACGACCCGUCGCGUGUGACACUUCAUGGGGCCGCAGCUGGGGCGCACGCCGCUGGCGACGAGCGCACGCAACUUGUCGUACACAACCUGCCGCCGCAUGUGCGUUGGCAGGACCUCAAGGAUCUUUUUCGCCGCGCAGGCACUGUGCUCCGCGCCGAUGUCCAUCUGAAUCCAGAUCCACGUGUAGGCGCAUGUAUCGGCACGGUGCUCUUUGCCACCGAGUCAGACGCUCAUCGCGCGAUCAAUACACUCCAUGGAUACACGUGGCAUGGACGCAUUCUCGAGGUCGUGCUCGAUCACGAGCUUGUGACGUCAGAGACGGACCGUCGUUCUUCACGCGUGGGUCUAGAGACCGAGGGUCUUGUCGCCCGCACGGCUGCUGUGGCCCAGCCGAUUUCACGAGAUGGUGCCCCGGGUAUGCCCGAUGCUUUGGCGCCAGGGCAUGGCCUGCCACCCCGUGCAUCGGGCGAUGCUUGGCCUGCGGUGUCAUUGCCGUUCCCUGGCCGCGUGUUGUUUGUCGGUAAUUUGCCCUUCCACUGCCAGUGGCAGGACCUGAAAGAUCUGUUUCGUGCGGCCGGCAACAUACAGCGUGCCGAUGUCGCGCUGAACGCCGAGGGCCGCAGCCGUGGUUUUGGUACUGUGCUCUUUGCGUCGCCAGAGGAUGCCCAGACGGCCGUACGCCUAUAUCACGGGUAUGAGUACAGUGGGCGCACGCUCAAGGUCCACUUUGACCGGCACGCACACUAUGGCCCCUCGGUGCCCGGCGUCCCCACGGACCCGUCGCAAUACACGGCCGCAUUCCAAGUGGCGGGCCCCACGACGCACGCGAGUGGGCCGAAUGGGCCGCCGCUCCCCCUUGGCAUGCUCGAUGGUCGCGACGCCUGGGCUGCGCCGCCAUCGGAUCUUGCGCCGCGCGGUGCCGGUGUGCCCCAUCCUGGACGGAUUGCACUGCCGCCACUCUCGUUCCCGACGCCCGCACCUGUGACGCCCGGUGUCCCCCUGACACCCGGCAUGCCCAGCUUCCUGAUGCGCUCAGUGCUAGAAACGCCCCCCAUAUACCCCUACAUGAUGAGCCCCGGCGUCGCCUUUACGCCGGCGGGUAUGCCUUACGUGAGUGCGGCACCUGGCGGCCCGGCGGAUGCAUCGAUGGGCCUACCGAGCUACAUGCACCCGGGCGUGGGUGGUUUUAUGCCGGCCGGCACCGGCGUCUUGCCGCCUACGCCUCACUGGUCGCAGCAGCCAGCGCGACCGCGAGCGCGCACAGGCUCUGUGUCGCACACGACUGCGAACCGCGAUGCUCCUGCCCCUGUGGGAAGUCAUCGUGCAGGGCCCGUGCCUGGCGAGUAUCCGUUCCCCGUGGCCCCUCAAGAACAGUCUGCUGAGGCCACGGAUGCGCCUCCUGACGAUGAGAGUGCGACUGCAGAUGCCGACGGAGCGAGUAUGCUGCCUAGCACGCGCGACCUGACGAAUGCGAUCGCCAAACUGAGUGUGCGUGGCACGGCACGUGCCAAGCAGGCUCCCGACGAUCUCGGUGAGCGUGCCGCGGCGGGCGAAGCCUUGUCGCGUCUACGGCGCGACUUGGCCGCUAAGGAGGUUACGCGUUCGGCCAUCCCGGACGCCGAAUAG